UGUGUCCAAGAUGGCGGAUCCUAUCCGAUUCGAUGGUCGCGUAGUUUUAGUAACUGGUGCUGGAGGAGGACUUGGCAAAGAAUAUGCAUUGGCGUUUGCAGAAAGAGGAGCGUCCGUUGUGGUGAAUGACCUGGGUGGAGACCGAAAAGGCGAAGGUAAAAGUACCAAUUAUGCAGAUUUGGUAGUAGAAGAAAUUCGGUCGAAAGGAGGCAAGGCCGUUGCUGACUACAACUCUGUAGAGAAUGGAGACAAAGUUGUGCAGACAGCACUUGAUGCCUUUGGAAGAAUAGAUAUCGUAGUCAACAAUGCCGGAAUUCUUAGAGAUAAGUCUUUUGCAAGAAUCAGUGAUCAAGACUGGGAUCUUGUCCAUCGCGUCCAUCUUAGAGGAUCUUUCCUCGUGACCAGAGCAGCUUGGCCGCACAUGAAGAAGCAGAAAUAUGGUCGUAUAAUAAUGACGUCCUCCACCUCGGGAAUAUUUGGUAAUUUUGGACAAGCUAACUAUUCUGCUGCUAAGAUGGGUCUUUUUGGUUUAAGCAACACCUUAUCCAUUGAAGGUAAUAAACACAACAUCAAAUGCAAUGCCAUAGCUCCAAUUGCUGCCUCCCGUUUGACUAAAGAUAUAUUCCCGCCUGAAUACUUUGAAGAACUUCAUCCGAGACAUGUAGUGCCAUUAGUAUUAUAUCUAUGCAGUGAUGCUUGCGAUGAAAGUGGAGGGCUUUUCCAGAGCUUAGCUGGAUGGAAUGCCCAAAUAAGAUGGCAAAGAACCAAAGGAGCUUUACUGCACCGACCUGGCAUGGAGGUCACCCCAGAGAUGGUGAGAGAUAGUUGGGACGAGAUAACGGACUGGACAAAUGCUGAGAUCCCAUCGAAAGAAUUAGAGGGAGCAAAGACAGCAGAAAUACUUGAAUUGAAGAAUAGUAGUGAUCAAAACAAGCCAAAAGCUAAGAGUUCUUCCUUUACAUUCACUGAAAGAGAUGUCAUGCUAUAUGCAUUAGGGGUUGGUACCGCAUUUCAACAGGAUUAUUCACACCUUAAGUUCUUGUUUGAAGGUCAUGAGGAUUUUAGUGUUCUGCCAACUUACGGAGUUAUUUGUGGAAUGAAUGGAAUGGGAGGUCAGUUUCACAGUGGAGAAGUGGAGGGAAUAUCUUUUGACCCAACCAGGCUUCUUCAUGGUGAACAGUACAUUGAACUGUUGAAACCAUUUCCCAAGUCAGCCACAGUUGUGUCAAAGUCAAUAGUGCUAGACAUCAUGGAUAAAGGAAAAGGUGCUGUUGUGCUAGUUGAAGUGACAACUUCAGAUGAAAACGAAGAACCCAUUUGUGUCAAUCAGUCGUCAAUUUUUCUUGGGGGUGCUGGUGGAUUUGGUGGUAAACGAAGCUCUGAUAAAAUAAAACCACUGGCUAAGCAUCCUGCAAGACAUCCUGAUGCAACAGUACAAGAGAAAACUAGUUUAUCUCAGGCUGCAUUGUAUCGUCUUAGUGGUGACUACAAUCCUCUUCAUGUUGAUCCAGACUUUUCUCAAAUGGGAGGUUUCCCUACACCUAUUCUCCAUGGAUUAUGCUCAUAUGGUUUUGCGUGCCGUCAUGUCCUUAAGCAGUUUGCAAACAAUGAUGUUACAAAAUUUAAAGCCAUGAAUGCACGCUUUGCAAAACCUGUCAUCCCUGGUCAAACAAUUCAGACCAACAUGUGGAAAGAAGGCAAUCGUAUUCAUAUUGAAUGCAAAGUGGUUGAGAAUGGUAAUGUCGUAUUGUCAGGAGGAUAUGUGGACCUCAAAGACAUCCCUAUAGACCUACCUUCUGUGGAUACUGCAGUUAGCAAGCCAGCAGCAUCAGGGCUGAAAAGUCAAGCCCUUUUUGAAGAAAUGAAGAAUCGUAUUUCAUCCAACCCUAAUCUUGUUAAGCAAAUAAAUGGGGUUUUUCAGUGGGAUGUCACUAAAAAUGGCAAGAUUGCUGGCCAGUGGAUAGUUGAUCUGAAGACUGGUGUUGGAUCUAUAGUACAGGGCACUUCUUCAAAAGUUAAACCAGAUUGCGUCAUUACAUUGGAUGAUGAAGAUUUGAUUGGAAUUGCAACUGGCAAAGCAAAUCCACAACAAUUGUUUAUGAAAAGAAAGUUGCAAGUGAAAGGAAAUGUCAUGUUGACAAUGAAACUGGACAAACUUUUUAAAGAACGCUCCAAAAUGUAACAAGCAAAAGUCCAUGUUUUGUCAUAGAAUUCCAUAUAUAUACACAUGUAUGUUCUUGUGAUACUCAGGUAAAAAUUGAUAAAGAUUGAAAGGGUAUGAUUCAUUUAGUCUAGCAUUUUACAAUAAAAUGCACCAUCAUACUUCUCUAAAUUGUACAAUGUACACAUACACUUCAAGUCUUAGCUUCUGUACUCUAUCAUUUUUAAUCAACCAUAACUGAAUGAAGCUAUAUUACCACAAAUUUGAUUUUAUUCUUGCAAGCUAUUUUUAUCAGAAAUCGUAAUUGAACUUUUAGUCAUUGUAUGGUAGCUAGUUUUUCUCCAGUAUAGGAAGUGACAAUAUUUCAACUAACCAUCUCUACAAAAUAUCCAGACACGGUAUGGCAGUCAGGUUUGACAGGACAAAAACAAUGUUAUCAGGGAAUUGUUUAUUGAAAUUUUGUCAUUUCAAUCCCUAAAUUAGCAUUGUGUUAUCAUUAGAGACCGUAAAUGUUGUUCUUGAGUAUGACUACGAAUGAUGAUAUUUGUAAUCAGUGAAGUGAAAGUUUCUAACCAUCAAAAUGGUUGAUAUAAAUUUAGUCUCAAAAGUAGAUCUGUUGUAGCAUAUUCCUUCUCAAGUAGUAGAAUGGUCCUUAUUGCUGUGGCUGAAAUUAGAAAAAUAAGCACAAUCAAGGCUUAACUUGGAUCAGUGUUUUUCUAAUAUGGGCUCAUGACUAUGGUAUACAUUUGUAGUGAUCUGAUUAUUUUUGUAUCUAGUUAAUAGUAGGAUAAAAUUGACUUAAACAAUAAAAUAAGGCUUAAACCACU